AUGUCAGCAUCAAACACAUUCCACUCGUAUAUAGACGAUCAAUCACCUGACGACACCAAGACAUCUAAAGAAGUUCGUGUUGAACCGCCUUCUCCUGGAAGUUCUCAUGAUUUGCUGGAAGGCGAGAUUGAAUGUGCCUUCUGUGAACAUUGUUCUUUUGUCUGGCCUUUCUCGGAAAAUGGAUACGGUCGAGUAGUAUGCACAAAUUUCCGCCUGCGUUUCGAACCUUCUGUAAAAACAGAGAACACUUUGCCAACCCGGUUCAAAGCGUUCAGCGAACGAUAUGAUGUCCCAUUGUGUUCGAUUCAUUCGGUUCACUAUACCCCUGUGAAACAAAACCAAUCUUUUUAUAAGAAGAGGUUCAUACAUAUAUCCAAAUCUUUGUCAAGUUUGGAAAUAGUUUCUUCUAUACGGCUACAACUGAAAGAUUUCCGUGUUAUCACGAUUGAUUUACGUGACUCACAAAAUGCUGCUAAUCUAUUGAACCAAAUUUUAUUUUUCUCUCGACCAUUGAAGAUGGAAAAGGUGAUUCAAGCCGGUGCUCAUCCAGAGUGGUGCUCGAAAUUGUCAUUCAAUGAUGCAAAUUCGUGGGAGGCUGAGUUGCGCCGAUGCGGACACGGCACCAGCUACCAUUGGCGAGUAUGCAGUCAAAUUCCGCAUGGAGCACGGCAGUUUGUUCACAGUUAUCCUAUGUAUUUCGUUGUACCAGCCGAUAUUGUUCAAUAUGAUCUGGGUAGAAUGGCUGAACAUUGGCAGCUUAGUAGAUUCCCUGUUUGGGUUUGGUCUAGUUUGUCUGGUGCGUCUCUUCUUCGAUCCUCUAAUUUUGAAGUGAACUGGGAAGCGCCGCAACUCAAUGAUAAGGUAGCUGACUGCGUUAGGCGAGCUACAAAAAGUGGUGAACCACCUCAUAAACUUUCGCUUAAUGAUGAAAUCACAGUUACAAAAAUUGCUUCUUCAUAUGAUCGACUUCGAAGGUUGUGCUCUAUAGAUUCAUACGAACAUUUUGCCUCACGAAACAAGGAUUGGUUAGCUCGAAUAAACCAUACAGGAUGGUUACAGCUGGUCAGCUAUUGUUUGACGGCUGCUGGAGAAGCUGUUGAUUGGUUAACGAAUCGCGGACGAUCGGUUAUAAUAUACGAAACUAAUGGAUUGGACGUAUCCGCUGUAGUUUCUAGCAUCGUUCAGAUUUGCUGCGAUCAAUACUACCGAAUUUUGAUAGGUCUGGAAUCAUUGAUUGCGAAAGAUUGGAUCGCUCUUGGUCAUCCAUUUGCCCAACGUCUUCUUGGCAUCCCGAAUGGAGACAGUGAAGCUGUAAUCGCUCCUACAUUUCUUUUGUUCCUUGACUGUCUGGCGCAACUCAUCCGACUUUAUCCUAUGCAGUUUGCAUAUUCUCAACACACUUUAAUAGCGCUGUGGGACUUGUCAUUAACUGGAAUGGUACCUGCUUUCACUUCCUCAUCCGUGGCUGAUCAACUGGGAAUGCAAAGAUGUGGUGGUCCUUUCCCACUUGAACGGUUCUUCCACGAAAGCUACACUAAAUUGUUCGUGAAUUUUACGAAUAUGGCUGCUGUGGCUGUCCAAAAUGCAACAGACGCCACACUGAUAGAGGAUGUGAUCCGCCCACCGCGAUCAGUAGUCAACGUGCAGCUUUGGAAGGAAUGUUACUUGAGGUGGAUUCCUCCGGCAAAUACAAAGCGUGGAGGAAGCUUAUUCACCGAUCUUGCCAUUGGAAACUGUAUAAAACAGUUGCCAGCAAGUAGAAUUUUAGACAGAAAACUAUCAAGACCUAACGUUGACCUCGAGAGGAUAAGUUCCGCAUACCCGUACUCUGAUGCUGAUGUUGACACUCAUUGUGGAUUCUACAGCAAUCGCGAUGAUACUGAUACAAUCUCAAUAUCCUCGAUGACAUUAUCAACAUCUAGCAAUCUUACGGUACAGGACGAUAAGUUGAAGCACCGAGCUAGCGUUCCUGUACUUGGCGGCAUCCCAGAAGCACUGCCAAGAUCUGUUAUUUUGCGGCACGACCGUGACAAAAGUGGUUCAGUGGAAUACUUUAUCACCGGAAGGAUCUUCGGUCCGAAUAACAAUGGAAUAGUGGCAGACACUACCACCAAUACGCAUACUACUGCGAAAGAUCUCGACCAUUCUUCCACUAUUAUCUUCAAUCAAUCAUUCUACGUUAGAAGCACACUAACAGCGUCUGAUUCCUGA